AUGCUUCGUCGCACCCCGCUUGUGUGCCACUACAGGGCCUCGCUGGAGCUGGACCGCAUCCGCAGCAUGCUCCGCGGUCGGGCCCGCCUAGAGCGGAAGGUUGGGUUAAAGCGUCUGUUUUUUCUUAUGCGCACGCAAACCCGGUACCGUGUGGAGCAGCAGUCGCACUGGAAUCGGGCAAUUGUGCGAAAGAACGUGGACAGCGCGGCCCGCGAGCACGGCACAGGGUGGCCGCAGUUGCGCAAUGAGAUGGGACGGCAAAACAUACUGCUGCUUCCCCGCUCACAGCAGAUGCUUGCUCAGUAUGAGCCACUGGCGUUCCGCGCGGUUGUGGAGCUCUGUGCCUCGCGCAUUCCACCACCACCGCCGCCUGUAUUUGCAAAGGUGCCGGAGGAAACAUACAUGCCGCGGCCCUGCAACCCACAGGAGGCGCAUCCGGCCGCGCGGGUGGAGCUGCGGCGUGGCGUAGAGCGCGUGCUGCAAUGUGGCCCCUCGAAGCUGCGGGAGGUCGUGCGCGGCGACGUCAAUCAGCUGAUGGAGGCCUGGAAAGAGUUUGAUGUUGCUCCAAGAGGAGAGAAAAAAUGA